AUGUCCUUCCUCGCACGAUCGCUGCCAACCACUCUCCCUCUUCUGCAGUUUUCUUCCUCCGUCCUCCGGGCUUCUUCAUCUUCUUCCGCUGCCUCUUCCGCCUCAUCUGCGCUUCGCUCCCUCUCCCACUCCAACGCCCAUCUCCGUUCGUUCCAUUCAUCCCCCGCAACCGCGACUAUCAAAACAUUCUUCGACGUCAAAUUCUCGGAUCCGGAUACGAAGCAGGUGUCAAUUGAAUGGCAAAAAAUCCGACCUCCGUUCAGGAACGAAUUGAGUUCGAGCUCUUCGACGAUGUCGUCCCUAAGACCGCGGAGAACUUCCGUGCCCUCUGCGUUUUCUCGAGAGGACAAAUUUGGUUACAAGGGCUCUUAUUUCCACCGCAUCAUCCCGGGAUUCAUGAUCCAGGGUGGCGACUUCACCCGUGGUAACGGAACUGGUGGCAAGUCCAUCUACGGAGACAGGUUCCCCGAUGAGAACUUCAAGCUCAGCCACAAGGGACCGGGCUAUCUCUCUAUGGCCAAUGCCGGCCCAAACACCAACGGCUCUCAAUUUUUUAUCACGACCACGGAAACCAGCUUCCUCGAUGGUAGGCACGUCGUUUUCGGCAAGGUCGUGCAAAAGGACAAGAACGAUAAUAAAUACAUAGACAUCCUUAAAAAGAUCGAGAAGAGUGGCAGUGACCAGGGCCGAAUUACAGCAGAUAUUACACCCCAAAUUGUUGACUGCGGUGAGAUCAAGGACGAAACAGCUGUUUAA